AUGGAGAAGUCCCCAGAGCUGGCCAACUCAACCCGGGUCCAGUACUUCGUCCUCCUGGGCCUGUCCACCCAGCCGGGUGUCAGAGCCGUCCUGUUCUUCGUCUUCCUCACCCUCUACCUGCUGACGCUGCUGGAGAAUGCACUCAUUGUCUACCUGGUCAGCACCCACAGCGAGCUCCGCAAGCCCAUGUACUUCUUCCUGGCCAACCUCAGCUGCCUGGAGAUGAGCUACGUGUCUGUCACCAUGCCCACACUGCUGCUGGGGCUGUGGGCUGGGCCCUACCGCAUCCCCUUCACCACCUGCAUGACCCAGCUCUACUUCUUCAUUGCCUUCAUCUGCACCAAGUGCUUGCUCCUGGCAUCCAUGGCCUACGACCGCUACGUGGCCAUCUGCCGACCCCUGCACUACCCCCUGCUCAUGCGGCCCCAGGUCUGCAUGGCCUUGGCCUCAGCCUCCUGGCUGGGGGCACCAGUGGUCUCGGUGAUCAAGACCAUGUGCAUCGCCAGCUUGUCCUACUGUGGCCCCAACAUCCUCAACCACUUCUUCUGUGACAUCUCCCCGCUGCUCAACCUGUCCUGCACCCACGUGGCACUCGCAGAGCUGGUGGACUUCAUCUCUGCCAUUGUCAUCCUCUGGGGGUCCCUUCUUGUCGCCGUGGCCUCCUACGUGGCCAUCGGCAGAGCGGUGCUGCACAUGCCAUCGGCCACUGCCUGGCGCAAGGCCUUCUCCACCUGCGCCUCGCACCUGACUGUCAUGGGCACCUUCUACUCUGUGGUGCUCCUCGUGUACUCCUGGUCCGGCCCUAGGUUGGCCGCAGAGCACAGCAAGGUGCUGUCUGUGUUGUACGCAGUGAUCACACCUGCAUGCAGCCCAGUGGUCUACGGCCUGCGGAGCCGGGAAGUCCAGGCAGCGCUGCGAGGGGCCUCUGGGCACUGA